AUAAGUAUUCUUUCUCUAAGAUCAUAAAAUAGUACACCAAGCCGUUUAUAAAUUCCUUCACUCUCAGUUUCAAAAUAAUAUAUUUAGAAAUGGGAACAGAGAUGGUAAUGGUUCACGAGGUUCCUUUUCCUCCACAAAUUAUCACUUCCAAGCCACUUUCACUUCUGGGCCAAGGGAUCACAGACAUCGAGAUCCACUUUCUUCAAGUAAAGUUUACGGCGAUCGGAGUUUACUUGGAUCCUUCAGAUGUUAAAACCCAUCUUGAUAACUGGAAAGGCAAAACCGGCCAAGAACUCGCCGGCGAUGACGACUUCUUCGACGCCCUUGCAUCCGCGGAGAUGGAGAAGGUUUUAAGAGUGGUGGUGAUAAAGGAAAUAAAAGGAGCUCAAUACGGAGUGCAGCUAGAGAAUUCUGUGAGAGAUCGUUUGGCUGAGGAGGAUAAGUACGAGGAAGAAGAAGAAACCGAGCUCGAGAAGGUCGUUGGCUUUUUCCAGUCUAAGUACUUCAAAGCUAAUUCCAUCAUCACUUACCAUUUCUCAGCCAAAGAUGGCAUUUGCGAGAUCGGGUUUGAGACGGAAGGUAAAGAAGAGGAGAAACUGAAGGUGGAGAAUGCGAAUGUGGUGGGAAUGAUGCAGAGAUGGUAUUUGUCCGGAAGUCGAGGAGUCUCACCGUCGACUAUUGUCUCCAUCGCUGAUUCGAUCUCUGCAGUUUUAACAUGAGAACCUUGGCCCCUUAUAUAAAUAAACAUUUGUAUGUGUCAUGUGUGUGUGUGUGUUUUUAUGUCUGUUGUUAUAUGAGACAUUGUGUUUGGUUAUCUUUAUAAAAUGAUUAAUGCUUA